AUGGCUUUAAAGAACCUGCACCUAUUCCACCCCGUGCCGAGGGAUAUGGUGUAUCACCAUCGUCAAGCGACGCCUAUGAAAGCACCUCCAUCUGCUUUAUCCAGAAGUAUUUCUAAGAGCGCCGAUACACUGGUAGCGACUACUAGAUGCGGCAAAGAACUUAAAACCCGUAAAGCUCGGAGUACAGAGCAGCCCGGCGCUAGCCCAACAAAAGGCGGCAGCUCGCUAGUACUUCCUGUUUUGGGCAAAUGGAGUGAUGAGGAGAGUGUGAAAAGCAGGUCUAGGAAUAACAGUGGCAGCAGUAGAGCGGGCAGCGUGGACCGGAGAACCCAGGGCUCAACUACUAGUCUCAGCGCUGAUGAAGACAAUAUCAAUGUAGUUGUUAGAGUCCGACCAACCAACGAUAAGGAACGUUCGAUACGAGAAAGACAAAUGCUCGAGUUUCCUGGUAAAGGUCAAAUUGUUUGCCAGGGGACAGUAGCAGGACAAAAACCCAAAAUUUUCUCCUACAACGUUGUAUUCGAACCUGCUGCGACCCAAGAAGACGUUCUAGAAUAUUCUGGCAUCAAACGUCUAUUGGAAAUGGCUGUAGAAGGGUUUUCGUGUACUGCAUUUUGUUAUGGACAAACUGGAAGCGGAAAGACACACACGUUGACAGGACCUCCAGGACUUGUGGAGAGCGGCGCAAGUCCAUACUCGCCAGAGCACGGGCUCGUGGUUCGAUCUUUCGUAUAUCUUUUCCAACUUAUACGGGACCGACCGGACUCUCAUUUCAUCCUCAAAGCUUCUUUCUUAGAAAUUUAUAAUGAAAAAGUAAUAGAUUUACUGAAUCCUGGUAGCUCCAGGAAACCUCUCCAAGUGCGAUGGUCGAAGGAAAGUCGAAGCUUUUAUGUUGAAAAUCAAUUCACAGUUGAUUGUGAAGAGCUGGACGAUUUAUUUGCCGUUUUGGAAGAAGGUAUGCGCAACAGAGCAGUAGGGUCGCACACGAUGAACGCGAACUCGUCGCGCUCGCACUCGUUGCUGUGCGUGCGCGUGCGCCGCGACGCCGGCGGCCGCUGCACGCACGGCAAGAUCAACUUCGUGGACCUCGCCGGCAGCGAGAUGACCAAGCGCACCAACAGCACCGGCAAGACUUUGGAGGAAGCUAAUAAUAUUAAUAGAAGUCUUAUGGUCUUAGGAUACUGCAUAGCCCAGCUUAGUGAUGGCAAGAAGAAAGGCCACAUCCCGUACCGGGACAGCAAGCUGACCAAGCUGCUGGCCGACAGCUUGUCCGGGAAUGGCGUCACUUUGAUGAUCGCAUGUAUAGCCCCUACGAAGUCGAACUUGAACGAGACGAUCAACACAUUGCGGUAUGCUGCAAGAGCUAAGAAGAUUAAAUCCAAACCUAUUGUUAAGAUGGACGCCAGAGACGCUCUGAUACUGAGCCUGAAGAGGGAAGUGGAAGCGCUGCAUUCGGAGAACCAGCACCUGCGCGCCGCGCUGCACGUGCACAGCGACUACUCCGACUCCUACAGUAAGGGUCAUAGAAACCGCGGAACUCCGAUAGAGAGUAACAAGCUUUACCAAUUACCUCAAAGCGAGUUAGUGGAGUUGGUACAGCUGCAUAUGACGGAGAAUACCGCGUUGAGGCAAGAGAAUACAGAGUUGUUCGUGACGAGGGACCAGCUGCUGCGCGACCAGGAACUGCUCAGUCGCGAGAAUGAACGGCUUCUGAAGAAACUUGAGGAUGUCAACUCUGUGUGUACGAGAUCACCAAUAAUACCGGCCAGACCUACAUACUCAGAUAACAGCUCAAGUAAUGCCAACAUCUGGACCAACCAUACUAGCACCAUUGCAGACAGCAUUAUAAGUGAAAGCAGU